ACCUUCUGCUAGCCAACUCGCCAGGCACCAUGGCAGACACGCUCGCCGAGUCUGCGAUUGUUCAAGAUACUACUUUACCAGAGAUUCCAGCUAUUGUCGAACCCGAUGUAGAUGCGGACGAGCGUGGACGCCUGAAGCGACGUAGGCAAUCAUCUCAGCACUCCCCUCGCCGAGCCUCCUCCCCCUCUCGCGGCCAUGAUCGCAACAGCGGCUCGCGUUACCGAACCCACUACCGCAAGCAUCACCGUCCAUCUUCCCCCAUAUCAUCCAUCUCCCCGCCCACUUCGGUAGAGAAGAAGCUCAGACGGCGCAGUGAUGCCGAGCCC